GAAAAAGUUUGCUGACCGUUACCACGUUUAAAACAUGGCGACUUGUGGCUCGUACGAGGAUGCCCAUACGGAGUGCUGCAUUUGUUUAGAACCCUACAGGGGUCCAGCGUUGCUGUCAUGUCACCAUACGGUGUGUUCGCUGUGUCUCACGUCUCUACGUAGCCUUCAGGGCGACGAAUUUCAAAGAGCGACUGACAGGGUCGACGAUAAAAAGAUAGAAGAUUCUGUGACGACUGUCAUCUGUCCUGUCUGUGGAAAUGUGUCAACUGCUUCAUCUCCUGGUUUCACCGAUUUUCAGAGAAAUGUUUGUGAGAACAAGAGUAACAACCAGAUGUCAACAGUGGCCUGUGACCUUUGCGAGGAAGGUCGAGAAACAAUCGUUCACUGCUCACAGUGUCGAGAAAAUAUUUGCCAGCAGUGCCGACCUUUCCACGACAGAUAUAACAAAAGUCACAGCAUUACAAGUCUUUCCGGGCAUCCUUACCUCAGAGACGAGGUGCAAGACAGGGCCGAAAAACAGGCUUCUAUUGUGACGGCCAUGCUGGCUCGUCUGGAAGAGGAAGAAGGACAACUGGAAAAACAAGGAGUAGCGCUGGAAGACGACAUCAACGCACGCUGUUCUGUCGGCUUGCUAGAGAUGGCGAAAGCGAGAGACAAAUGCCUUAGUGACCUGAAGGUUAAAGUGCGGGGGCACCAGCUACGACUACUCGAGGAGAAGACAGCUCUUGCUGCCAGAUACGAAAACCUCCAGCGCAUCGUGUCGUCGGCCCGAGAUUCGUCGGUACCUCUCCAAACAUUGCAGGCAGGUCUACUAGAGGACGAAGCCAUACACGACUUGCAGAGGCGACUCGGCAGUGCCACACAUACACAGUACGUAGUCUACACGAAGAACGAGGACAUCUCGCCUCACAACAUUGUGCAAGACUUCAUGGGUUCAGUAGUUUCUCCGCAAAAUGACAACACCACAAAGAACACAUGUUCUGUUGACGGCGCUGUCAGUGACGAUGAGAGCUGUUCCUCAGAGGGUACACAAAUAUGUCAUCCAUUAUCAGUUGAAGGGGCCAUCACAAACCGUAGGAAAAAUGCAAACAACAUGGACAACAAGGUGGAUAGUCUUACAGCACAGAUGGACGAUAUGAAGAAAGAAAACAAAGAUCUGCAGAGCAAGCUGCUGUCUCUUCAGAACCUAAUGUUUCAGCAGAACAAGGACUGUGCAACGUCACAGGCAAAACUUGUAGUCCUGGAGCAAGAAGUCGGCGAGCUACUUCAAAAUAAGGGCCAGACCAUGGCAUUGUCUCAGCUUGAAAAAGAUGUGAAACUGUCAAAGGAAGAACUGAAAUCUCUUCAGCGCAACUCGCGUUAUCAGUUGAAGGUGCUAAAAGGUUCUCAUGGCAAAAUAUCUUCACUCCAAAGAAGUACCACACUCAUCAGGAAUAAGCAGGCAUCACUUGCACGGAAACUGCAGCAGCUCACAGCACACAUUAAAAAGGCUGAGAAGGUCGUGGCGUUCCAUGCUCUGGUGAAUACAAAGUUUACAUUGUCGUCUGCGCAAGUCAUCAUCGCUCAUGACGUUAUCACCAACAAAGGAGCCGCUUACAACAAAAGGACUGGAAUCUUCACAGCGCCAGUGGCUGGAAUCUACACUUUUUUGGCCACAGCAUGUUCUACUGAGGGAGCUGCAAGAGUCGAUGUGAUCAUUGAUGAUGAUUGUCGAGUUGCCCAUACCUACGCUGCUGUAGGCAGUCGCGCCACCUGUCAUGCGAUUGUGGAACUAAAAAGUGGACAGAAAGUCUGCAUGAAAACGUUUGGCUCCGAGAAUAUUACCUUUGAUGGAGGCUGGAGAACGUCCUUCAGUGGGACUCUUCUGAAGGUCAACGAUUUAUCUACGCCAUAGGUGGAGAUAGUUUCGGCUGAGUAGAAAUCCGUCUAAUCUACAACAGAGAUUCUCAACCUUUUCCGCGACUGCACCCUUAAUAGGCGAAAGCAUAUUCGCGGAUACUCCUCGCGCGUAAGUUCGUUCAUAAAAGUACUUAUUUCCAUAAUGGCGUGUACUUGUUUAUGUCGCUGCGUACCCCUGCCCUACACCUAGGGGUACGCGUACCACCGGCCGAGAACAGCGGGUCUACAAGAUGGGAAACGUUUGAUACAUUAUGACAAUGGCAGGAAGCAGUUCUGGAGAUAAUAGACUCAUGUACUUACCAUAGCUUGCUCCUUUCUUUUGUGUUAUAUACCUGCUGUAGAACACCUGGGAUCAGAUACCUACCUAACUUAGCAAAGUUGGAAACAAACUGUGUGAAUUUUUCAGUUUUAAUUUAGCUCAUUGUUGUAAAUAAUAGAAGUCUACACUUCUGCUGUUUCUGAACUUUGUAAUCAAGAAAAUAUUUUCAGAUAUCUCAAUGUCACACCCACACCGUCUGACAACACAAAGAACGUAUUUUGUCAGGGCUUUCCCGUACGGCGCAUCAAUCAAAUAUAUUAAACAUUAGAAAACUAUGAAUGGAGCCCUCAGGAGAAGAGGAGAGUUGGGAGGGCAAAGCAGGCUUAAAAAAGAUCAGUAGAGUGUGAGGCUUAGGAUGCCAGUCAGUAAAUCGUCACUUGACCGGCACCUGUGGCUGAGGGGAGCACAUAGACGAGGCAGUAGUCAAGGCCGCCUCUCUUGCCUAUUGUGGGCGAUAGUGAGCAGAUCUUGUACGACCCGUCCAGUCUUUGAUGUUCUAAGUCAGUUCUUCCGUUGGCCAUCGCGGCGUAAAAUAAGAGCAUCAAACAGACCUAAGGAGUGCAGUCAAGUAAAAAUCUUACAGGAAUUUCAUUUUUCAUCAUUAUUGUUUUCCAAUUCUUGCGGUAAAAAUAACGCAUUUUCUGCAAUGAAUCAUCUUUUUUCUUUCAAUUCCCAACUUUCUUUCGUUGGCAAAUUUGCAAAUAUGCACAGAAAAUAAAGCAAACAUUUGUCAAACAGUAGGGAUAACUGUGCCACAGAAGUACUGCCCUGAUUGACAACAAAAUGUGAAAAAAAAAAAAAAGAUUGGUAACAGAGUUCAUUAUUCAGUGCCAUAGCUGGAUGGUAACAUGAACAUUCAGUGAAGAUAACAAUGCCAAUACAUGUACCUAUUUAUCACUAAUAAGAACAUGACCAGAAUCCAAACACUCAAGAGAGCCAUUAACUUGCAUGCCCACCCCCACUCUCUCUUCCCAUAAAAAAAUAUAUAUAUAUUAAAAAAAAA